AUGGGAACUCAGCCCCUGGCUCCUAUAAUUGCCGACGACAUAGAACGCUAUAUCGACCAAGUCGCGGAGAUGGCUUAUUUAGUUUUAGAUAGUAUCAGUCCUGAACAUUCUCUGUUCCUUCAAUGGUUCGGCAGUUCAGAUUAUUACAUGAACGUCAUGUGUUAGUCCCCAUCAUAUCUUUCUUUUUGACCCUAUAUAUUAACUACAAACUAUAAUAAGAUGUCUACGCUCGGUUGGCCAACAUUAGAGAAGACCCCGAGAGUAUGUUUAAACUCAAAAUAAUAUUACUCGAUCUUUCGGGGAACCCGGAAGAGCAAGAACGCGUCAAAAAGUUUGACGGGGCGUAUACGGUUGUUAGAGGCAGUCCUGAAGUAAGACUUUACAAAGACAAGUUUAGGACUUAUCCAUCGUUCUUAGAACUUGAAUUACCUCUUGGGAAUCCAGACUUCCAACAAUUAAUUACAAUGACGAGUACGAGACAGAUUCUUCUUUUCCAUGAACUAGUUCAUUUUGUUGGAGAUUCCAAAUUCUUUCACGCGGUCAUCCCAGGAGGAGAAAAGUUUAGUGAGUUUCAAUCGGGUAUGAAUUUUAGGAGGGUCUACUAAUAUAUAGUAGCCCAAAAUUUGCGCGGUAGUGUUGUAGACACGCUGCUUUGGCCAGCCGCUACGGGGUUCGCAGAUGAUGUAUGCUCAGCAUUUUUCCCGCCCAUUCUAUAUUUGAAACUAAUCCCAUAUCAUAGGAUUUUGUAAAAGAAUCUUUACAAGAGACCGAUGAAACCAAGUUGGCGACACUUGUGGCAUACGGCCCGCAGAGAUGCCUUACCUUAGCUCAACUAAAAGAUGGUCCGUUUUAUGCUGUUAGUAUUCUCUAUUUGUCUCGAAACUCGCUAUUAUUAGCAAAAAUGACAAAAUUAACUUCAAGUCUAUAGAUACAUAAUUCCGACAGCUAUACCCUUUUCGCCCUUUGUAAGCCCAACACUGUCCUACUGAUACGUAAAAUAAUACUAAUUUAAAUUAAGCUGUUUUCAUAGGUUGGAAUCAAGACAAAGAUAUCAAACCUACAUAUGGGCCUGUAGUUCAGAAAUGGCAAAACGGAGUUGGAGGAGAUCCACUUGCCGAUAGACUCCCGCCUUUUCGUAACAUGGGACGUGAUUCCGACUUAGUAUCCGCAUGGUGGAGGGCGCUUGGGAGAGAACUACCGCCGUAG